AUGAAAGACAACAUGGACGCACCCCCCGGGCACGAUACCGCCUCAGCCUCUCCCACGGCUCGCAACCCACCGAAAGCCCCUACCUUCUACCAACCGCAACCCUCGAGCGUGAGCUCUCCCAAUGUUGGCGCCAGCGACAAGGCCAAUCCGCCCUCGAGCGUGUCGCCCCAGAUCCUGUCCAACAAGAAUAGCUCGGGAGAAAGCAGCGAUGCUGGGAGGUGGUUUGAGAGCACCAACAAUGCGGUGCAGAGUAACAACAACUUGGAAAAUGAUCCACCGUUCUUCCUGCACAAUUCUUCCUCGUCCGAGACCCCACCGGAUGGCAACGUGCAAGACAGUCUGUACCAGCGAACGACGACUAUGCCAUAUCGCCCCGGGGACGGCCAUAUGAACAGCGAAAGCGUAGAGGACUUCCGGAGUGUCAUCGAUGAUCUGACUGUCGCAAACAAGAAACUGAAGCAGAAGUUGAAAAAAUAUGAGAAGCUACAUGAUUCACACUUACAAGAUGAGAAGCUCUUCGAAGUGCGCUUUCAUGGUCUCCCUGAUCACAAGAAGAGAGAGCUCGAGGAAACCCUACGCAAGUUUGCUGCCGAUCUGGAUAAUAAGUCAGAAGCAGGCUACCCCGCCGUCUCUUCCCAACCGCCCCCGUUCGAUGCCCAAAAGACCGAUGCAUCCCGUUUCGCUGAGUCUGGCUAUGCAUCCAUGUCCGGUCAUAACUCGAAUUCGGCUCGUUCGAAUCAACCUUCAAACACCGCUUCCAGCAACGACAGGGACAACCGCCGCAUGACGAAGUCGCAGUACAACCAACAGCAACAGAGCAUCCAGUCGUACUUGCAUGACAUCCCUCAGGGCUUGAUGCCGAAGAGCCACACGCCGAUGACCGAUAAGUCGAAGAAGAGGUUGGUGGUGCGUCGCUUAGAGCAGAUUUUCGCGGGGAAGCGAUCGGCGCCUGGUAGUCACCCACAGCCAAUGCAGCAAGAGGAGGUUGCCCAAUCAGCUGCCACGGCCGAUCGCCGUGCUAAAGAAGCAGCAGGUCACCGUGCCAAGACAGAGGGUAAUCGUGAAGCACGUAUUAUGCCUGUACGGGCGGACGAUGAAGACAUUACUGGACAACAAGAGGCUCCGGUACAGGAAGCUUUGCAAAAGCUGCGCCCGAACUUCCGUGUUAGUGAGCAAGACUUUGCCGGCUCUGGAUCUCCCGACCAACGGCCCACAAGACCAUUAGACCUCGACCCUUACCGCGCUCAGGUCCCUUCCGAUAACAUGGAUUACAUUCGACAUCUCGGAUUCACUCCUCCAGACAUGAUGUCCGGAGAUUCGCCAGAAGAUGAUCACGGGUGGAUAUAUCUCAACCUCUUGAUUAAUAUGGCACAGCUCCAUACGCUUAAUGUUACCCCGGAGUUCGUCAAGCAGGCCGUCACUGAAUACAGCAACACGUUUGAGCUAUCGCACGACGGCCGGAAGAUCAGAUGGAAAGGAGAGCCAGAUGCUACGCUGAGCAGUACUGGCUCCAGCUCAGAGUACCAAGGGAAUGAUUCUCCGUACGACCCGAAUGGCAACAGCAGAUCACCGUCGAAGUACCUCAAGACUGGAGGAAGUGGCAGCACGGACAGGUCUAUGAACUCCGAACGAGCAAAAGCACGGCUCGCUCGCAAGCAGAAGGAAAAGGAACGAAAUCAAUUCUCCUACACACCUUUGUUCUUCCACGAAGAGGACUCCGACUAUGAGCAAGACUCCUAUGGGCGUGAUGUAGGAUCCUCAAGCCAAUCUCCGUUCCAGCCCCAGCAAACCGGUGACUCUUCCGGCUUGGGUAGUUCGAACAUGCAGAGUGCUUCUUCCAAACGACGACGCAACGACGGACCCAUUAUCUUCUACAGUAAAGCAAAAUUUUGUACUGAUCUGACAGGAGACAGCCGCGGCAUUGCGAGUCACGCCCCGGAUUCUUAUGAUAACAUCACGAGCCACCCUAUCGGGGUUUCUGCUUCUAACCCAAGAGACGGUCUUCGCAGGCAGGGUUCCGAUAACUCAGAACGGCGCGGUCCGCUGGAAACGACCAUGAUGGACAUCGACUCUCGGGAGGGUAGUCAGAUCUUUUCGAGUAGCGAGGAAAUGAACUUCUCGCCAGACGCCCUCAAAGAUGACAACGGAACGGAGAGCCCUGAUGCUAUGGAGUUCGAGGCCUCCGGGCUGGGUGGAGUGCAUCCAGAGGACAACUUCUCCAUCCGCGUGCGUCGCUCACAGCAGCAGACCUCCCCAGCUGUUACAAGUACUACUCACCGCAAGUCACAACCUUACCAAAAGAAUAUCCAGAACGCUCUCAAUCAGCGCGCAUCUCCAGAAGCUGGGGCAUCUUCCCCGAAGCAGCAGCACGUGAUUAAAGAGGAGAUUCUUUCUGCAUCUCGUCGAACCUUGCCAAAUUCGACACUUCCGCCCGCAUCGUUCCUACCGUUCGACUCGGCUUCAUCUGGAGACGUUGACUCGGACCUCGAAUCCAACGUGUCUUCCAACCCUUCGACUGCCAGUUCUUCGGAGAACGAUGGACCGGUAACCGCGCUCCACAUGCUCAAUGUAUCUCCCAUGCGAAGGGAGCUGUCAACCGCAUCGGACGACUCCGCUGAUGAGGAAGAGGAAGAUGACAGUUCUGAUGAUGGCUCAAUUGACCUCCUCGCGACUGCCCGCCAAAUGGACCCGCUCUCCAUCAUCGCUUCGGAGCGCGAGUACGACGCUGCAUUAGCUGAUCGCCUCGCCAAUGACAUCCCCGCUGGCAGCUCAGCCGCCACAGCCGGCGGUGGGAGCGGUUUCAAUAGCCCAGCAGAUGCUAUCGUCGCGGCCCUCGACGAGGAAGGCGAGCAGCCGAGGAGGGGGAGUAGGGUAAAGAGACAGAGCACCACAAGCGGUAGCAUGUCUCCGCGGGCCAAGUUGAAGCGCAGCCGCACGCGCGAGUCGAUCACCACUGCCCUCCAGGAAAGUUCCAAAAGACAGAAGAACCAGAAACGCGAGCGGCGAGAUCUAUAA